AUGCCGGGUUCUUCCUAUCCGUGUGAGGUGAACCGCAGCGGGUUUUACCAGGUAGGUCUUUCACACCAACCUGUCCUUUUUAGGGCGGGGUGGAAGGAGAGCCUUGGUUUGAGGCUUAAAGUGCAUUUCCCCUGCGUUAACAAAAAAAAGAUUCAUACAAGACAAUCAAGGCCAACCAGGAUAUUCGAUGACGGCGAUGAAUUUUAUUAUAUACAAGAUUUGUUAGAGAUCCUUGUACAAAAUGUACUGGCUCUUUGCGUGUGCGCAGCCUCCGCGGCUACUUACUAUGCACACGCCGGAUCUAAAGUCGCAGUCACUAAAAAAGUCGUUGCUCAGCCUGUUGCUGUUCAAAAGACCAGCCCUGUCAGCAGUGGUUCAAAUGCUGAUGCCACAGUAACCCGAUUCAAUUCUGAAGUUAACCCCGACAGUUACAAUUACGUCUAUGAAACUUCCAAUGGAAUUUCUGCUUCCGCCAGUGGGGUUCUGAAGAAUGUUGACAAAGUUGAUGUUUUGGCUGUGCAAGGUCAGUACCAAUAUCAGUCCCCUGAUGGACCCAUCGAGGUCACCUAUGUAGCUGAUGAGAAUGGAUUCCAACCCCAGGGCGCCCACUUGCCUGUGCCUCCUCCUGUGCCUGAAGCUAUUGUUCGUUCCUUGGAGUACAUCGCUGCCCAUCCUUCUAAAGAUCAAAAUUAUUAAGAUCCAUGAUCAAACAAGGAUUUUCUCACCACACUACAUAUGAAGCGCCAUAACGCGAGUAUACUAAACGGACCCCGUGAUCUAGAAAAGUUGUUAUAUAAUAUUGUUUGAAACAGUUGAACUAAUUCAAUGAAUGUAAAUAAAUGUAUAGACGUGCCA